AUGGUUGGAAUCACUAGGAAAAUUAAUGCAUCGAAAUUUAAAGCUGGAAUAAUUACAACUCGGUGUUUUGCUCGAUAUGACCGUUCUGCUUACCGUAAUGACGUUAAAAAUUCCUCAUGGGAUAACGUUUAUGAGCAGUCUGAUGUGAACGAUGCAUGGUAUGAAAUGUAUAACAUUCUCCUGAAAGCUAUUAACCGCCAUGCACCCCUAAUUCAAAAGAAAGUGCGUGGGAGGGAUUGCCCAUGGUUAACAAAUAACUUACGGAAAGCAAUGCUUGAGAGGAAUAGUUUACUCAAAGUAGCUAGAAGAUCGAAGUCUGCUUCUGAUUGGGCUGCAUAUAAAAGAAAGCGUAAUCAAGUAAAUAAUUUGCUACGAAGAGAAAAGAAUUCAUUUAACCGAAAACUGUUAUACGACAACAGGAAUAACCCUAGAAAAUUCUGGAAAACCAUUAAACAAGUGUAUCCUAAUAAGCCUACUACUGUUAAUUCAUCUCGCGCUUUCAACCUUAAUGAUGAUGGUAUGACAACCUGUAAAAGUAAAAUAUCAAAUGCCUUUGGCUUGUUCUUUUCCUCCAUUGCUCAAAAACUGAAAGAAUCAUUAAAUACUUUGGGAAACUCCAUCCGGCAGAAAACGGAUCAAGAAAUACCGCCUUGUAAUAGAAUUCCUGACCAAGUUUUUCGGUUUGAGGAAAUUUGUCCAUCUCAGGUAUUGAAAGCUCUGAAUAAGCUAAAAAGUACCAAAGCAACUGGUCUUGAUGACGUCCCUCCUAGUAUGAUUAAGGAUGCAUCUCAGUAUAUUGCUGCACCCCUAGCUUAUAUCAUUAAUCUAUCAUUGUCUUCUGGGAUAUAUCCUGCUCAAUGGAAAAACGCUAAAAUUAUACCAGUCUAUAAAUCUGGCAGCGUCUCAGAGUUGGACAACUACCGUCCAAUCUCAAUUCUACCCGCUAUCUCUAAAAUUGCGGAGCGCCUGGUUCACGAUCAGCUGGCAAAAUUUUUGGAAGACUCAAGUCUGUUAUCACCUACCCAGUUUGAUUUUAGAUCUAAGUACUCAACUGGUCUUGCAGUUACCUACUUUACAGAUUCAAUCAGGAAAGAAAUGGACCGUGGAAAGCUAAGGGGGGCAGUUUUUAUAGACUUCCGUAAGGCAUUCGACACGGUCGACCAUGCUGUUUUAAUUAAAAAGAUGGAGAUGCUUGGUGUUCGUGGUGUCCAGCUUAAAUGGUUUUCAGACUAUUUAUCAAAUAGACAACAAGUUGUAAUCUAUGAUAAUUAUAGAUCGAAUAAUUAUCCGGUUUCUUACGGCGUUCCUCAAGGAUCCAUCCUGGGGCCUCUUCUGUUUUUGAUAUACAUUGAUGAUCUUUCCAAGGUUUUAAAACACUCUAACGUUAUCAUGUAUGCAGAUGACACCGUUCUCUAUUUCUCUCAUGAAGAUAUUAAAAAUAUUGAAGCUGUUUUGUCUGAUGACAUGGAUGCAGUUGCACAAUGGUUGCAGAGGAAUCAGUUGGUGAUUAAUCUUAAAAAGGAUAAGUCGGAGUCUAUGGUUUUUGGUACAGCAAAACGUCUUGCAAAGGAUGGAAAUUCAUCUAUGUGUAUCCAAAUUGGAAGUGAUGUAAUUAGAAGUACCACUUCAUAUGUAUAUCUCGGUGUGAA